UUCCGGAGGAGUCACCCACCGGGCUUUAGGACAACCAAUGAUGGCGGCCGAGAUGAUGAAAUAUCUUCUACCCAUGGGCGGCCAACUGCUCCCUCUCCUCAUCUGUCGUUAUCUUGCGCUGCGCGCUCAAGCAUUCGAAAGCAAAACAAAGCGAUACAACCCGGCGAUUUGCGGCUCUCCUAGCCCCGUUCUACGCUGCUGCUGGCCAGACUUUAACCUCAUAAUAUACAGCAGAUUCUAUCUCCCUGGCUAGCCGGCCAGAAGUACGUACUCAAUAUAAAGGCUUCUCGCGCUGGGCAUCCAGGGCUUCUCGGAAUUUUGCGGCAUGUUAGCGUCGGUUCUGCGCCGACAGCUGGUGGCGCCGACCUCGGACGCCGCCUCACUGCAACAGCUCGCUCCACGGCCCCGUUACGGUGUGUAAUUUCGUGCAUGCUUCGAGCCGACACUGGCGAAUCACACGACGGGGGUCGCAGGCGGUCAUCUCGGGGCAGUUAGGCCGAUGCUCGAUCGUAUGCCGUCUUCCGUGAGACGUGACGUCGCAUUCACCCGAGAGAGAAGGCCCCGAUCGCCCGUGUUCGGUGCCGGCCUUCGAUGACACGACGGGUGCAUGCCUGCUCGGUCUGCUGGUCAUCAUACGUCCUCUGGAACAAUCGCUGUCUCUGUGGGUUCUAUCUAGGAUGCGCUUCUUGCGCGGGCGGUGGACUCAAAACGCAAAUUGCGCCUAUCGCAGGUCCUGCCCGCUCGUCUCUAUCGAACCGUUAUCUCGUCGUCCGCAAUUUUCCCGGGGUCUGGUGACUCCCCUGCAGAUGAAAACGGGCCGCCACCGCUAUCUUGUGUAUAUUGGCUACGCCCGACUUGGUGCGACAGGUCGCAGCCAGGACCUACCCAAUCGUGUCAUGUACAGCAUCCAUGUGGGCAUGAUCUACUGGGCAGGCCCCUCCCUUGCCGUUUCAGCGCGCUGGCUGUUGCAUCGAGCUGUAAUAAAUUUUGUACAUGACUGUCCGGGCUGUUCACCGCCUGCUAUCUCAACGGUUCCACCUCAAAGAAACCCCGUGUCGCGAACCUGACAUUCGUCGGGUGCAGCCAGAUCGUAGCCUAGAGAGACCCUGAGCGGCACCUUCUUGAAGUAGGGUUAGAGUAGCCGAGCCCGGCGGCGAGGUGUUCCACCCUGACCGGGACAGGCCAGGCGCGA